AUGGCAACAAACUUUUCGACUCUCGAGGCUCUCACUACACUCUGCACCUCCAUCCCCGUCUGGAAUGCCCGCCUGGACGAGCUCAAUGGCCACAUAGCCCUCCGUCAAAUCGAGCUCGCUCGGCUGACUGAGAACGAGCGCCCCUCCACCCGUUCCCUGAAAAAUAAAGGAUCAACCGAGUCCCUCCGACUCAAGGACAACCACGACAGCCGCGUUUCCGCCGAAGUCCACGACCAGCCCAACGACAUUCUCCUGAAUCCACUCGGCUCGCCAGAACCCAAACAAAAUGAAUUCUCGCGUCCGCGCUCGCCUGCGUCGCCUGCGGCAGCCCGGGCCUGUGCCACGAGCCCACAUUCAUCCGGUCCUGGACGCUCCCCAGAGGCCUUGACGCGAAUAACGUCAGCACCGAAGGCACUUGGGAGGACGAGUCCCGCCGCUCUGCGCAAGAGGAAGACUGGCUCCGUCGCCUCGGGGGAAUCUCUAGCUCCCAGAUACAGAACGCGAUCUAUGAUCAUUGUGUACUACGACAGCGCAGUGCAGACCGCCUUCGAGGAUUUAGUCAAGUUUGUCAGUGGGAGCAGGAACUCCAUGCGCAAGGGGAAAAUGGCAGCAAAAAUGGCAGAGAUGCAGAGGGCAGCGGAACUAGAAAUCGACGACGACGAUGACGACGACGAUGAAGAUGGGGGAUGCGACGAUUUUGGGAACGGGACCACGAAUGGUAAUGGCAACGGCAAUGGAAAAAUUCUGCUGGCAGCAUCGAAGAGCGCAUUAGCAACGAAGCAAGGGGAGACUCUUGCUGUAGGCGCCGAUGCGGAUAAUGGGCCUGACAUGGCAAUGCCGAAGCUAAACUGUGUGUCGACGCGGCAGACGGGUCCUUCGAUGGGAACGCCCAAGGCAGAGAAACUCAACCACAUGAUGAGUAUCGGGUUAAUGGGGGGGUAUAGGAGGGGAGCAGGAGAUGCUCCAGAUAUCUUCGACGAGCUGGAUAAAGGGCUUGAGUGGUGUCAAAGCCAGUGCGAGCACGCCGCGCACCAGUUCCUACGAGAAGGAGACUGCAGCACUGAGAUCCAGAACAUCCAACAGAGAUUGGGAGAUGUCAAAACUACUGCCGAGAACGAAGUUGAGAAGUUGAAGAAGGAGGGGGCCGAGGUCCCGAAACCAAGACCGAAUGAGGGAAACGGGAUGACAGGCAUGAAGACGCAGAAGCCGAGCAACACGAAGAUUGCAGCCUUGGGGGAUACUCUCGAGGUAGACGACAUGGAGGCGGAUGAUGACGGCGACGAUGACCUCGGACCGCCGCCGAAGCUGGUGUUCAAGAGGUCCAGGGAUGUCGGAAUCUGA